AUGCGCGCCUUGCCGGCGCUGGACCUGAGCGGGCGGCUCCUGUCCCGGGACCCCGAGGCUCUCCGGCCCCCGGACGCGGCGCUCAGGAGCGCGGUGGAGAGGCUGGCGGCCGACCGCGCCAAGUACGUGCGCGGCCUGCCCGGCGGCGGCGGCGGGCCCGGGGCCACCCAGGGCCAGGAGGGCGGCCCCGGCCCGGCGGCGCGCAGGCCGAUCGCGCGGAAGCCGCUGCGGCCGGACUCGCUGCUCAUCUACCGGCAGAAGUGUGAGUCCGUGCGCGGGCCGAGCGCCGACGGCUCCAGGGCGAGCCUGGCCAAGAAGCUCUUGCCGGGGCCGGCCAAGGACAAGGCGCCCGCGAUCCCUGUGACGCCCCGGGCGGGAGGGGAGAGCCCGGCCGGGGACGGGGACCCUGCCGGGACCCAGCCCGGCGCCGCGGCCCCGGCCCCCGCGGAGCCCACCGCGGACCCUGCUGCGCCUGCCGGGUCCGAGCCGCGGGUGGCGGCGCGUGGGGGCCCGCGGGUGGCGGCGCGUGGGGAGCCGCAGCGCGCGCAGCCGGACCUCGGCGCCCGCCACGCCAAGACCUCGGCCGAGUCCGACGCGUUCUUCCAGUUCUGCGGCCUGGAGCCCGACGUGCUGGAGGCGCUCGGGCGCGACAACUUCGCCGCCGGCUGGGACCCCGUCGCCCUCCAGGUGCGCAGCGUGAGCGUCGCCACUUCCGACAGCGCGUCCUCCGGGCACAGCGGGGAAGAGCGCGGGCUGCAGGCGGAGGAGCUGGCGGAGCAGGUGCCCAGCACCACCUCGGUCAUCGAGCGGAACGCCCGCAUCAUCAGGUGGCUGUACACCUGCAAGAAGGCCCGGGAGACGCCCGGGCAGGCGCUGCAGGGCCCGGCGUGA